CUAGUCGCGUGACUAGGUUGAAAGAGUUGUGUUGAAAAAACUAGAAAACAACUAUUUUGAAGACUCGAUCAAAAACAGUAGUCCAGUCAACAUGAAACUUGUGAUAAUUCUCUUGACUUUUCUGCAUGUUACAGAGUCUUCUCCUUAUCAGAUUGCCUCUGUUGUUAUUGGCAAAAACGACAGUCUUUCUAUCAAAGCAGGAUACAUAGAACCGAACGUUGCCUGGGCAAGAUUCCGUGAUGAAAUUAACCAAACGGGCUGGUCCUAUUUAGAAGUAUUCAGUAAUGAGUCAUAUUCAGAUGUUCUCCAAGCUACUGCUGCAGGCAUGGCUGAGGGGUUUAUCACAGCAGACCUUAUCCACAUGGAUUACAUGAAUAAAUAUGCCGACUAUUGUAAAAAUGAUGAAAACUUUUGUAAAAAGCUGACAGAGUAUUUAAGGGGUAAUGAGGCGUGGAGGGCGAAAAUGAUCAAGAAUCACUUGAAUGAAUCCUACUGGUAUCAGGUUCAGCUCAUUGAUGCUCAGGUUGAGGGAAUUAAAAAAGGUUAUCAUAAUAAAAGCCUUGCUCUACCAGAAAUACCAGAUCUGGCUUUUUUUUUCUUCCAAGCAUCAGGAGAUCUUGAAGAUUUAGAAGUUGCUUUGAAGAAAGAAAACCCAAGUCGCAUCCUUGGAUCUGGCUCCUGCUCUGCCCUUGUUAAAGUACUACCGGAACACAAGGACAUCUUUAUAUCUCAUGUUACCUGGGAUACAUACCUUGGAAUGCUAAGAAUUUUCAAGAUGUAUGACUUUCCAUUCACACGUAAAGGAAGGAAAGAUCCAAUUAUCAUCCCUGGCAGAAAACAGAGUUUUUCCUCAUCACCUGCCAACAUUCUAAGUGGUGAUGACUUCUAUAUGCUUAGUAGUGGAAUGGUAUCAAUAGAGACAACAAUUGGUAACACCAACGAAGAUCUGUGGAAAUAUGUGACCCCACAGGGUACUCUCCUUGAAUGGGUCCGUGUUAUGAUAGCCAACAGACUUGCUAGGACAUCUGAUGAAUGGACCUUUUUAUUCUCCAAGCAUAAUAGUGGCACCUACAACAAUCAGUGGAUGGUUCUUGACUACAAGCUGUUCACCCCGGGCCAGCCUAUCCAACCAGGAACCCUGUCUGUUCUGGAGCAGAUCCCGGGAAUGACAGAGACCGCUGACAUGAGUGUGUAUCUUCAAGAGAAUGGAUACUGGGCCAGUUACAAUCUACCGUAUUUUCCUACCAUCUACAACAUGAGUGGCCAAGAAGCGUCUAGAGAAGCCUAUGGUUCAUGGUUUGACUAUCAUCUUAACCCUCGCGCACAGAUCUUUAAACGGGACCAAAGCAAAGUGGUGGACCUUGAGACCAUGAUGAAACUUAUGAGGUAUAAUGACUACAAGCACGAUCCAGUGUCUCAAUGCAAUUGCACACCACCGUACAGCGCAGAAAACGCUAUAUCAGCGCGCUCCGACCUAAACCCCAAGGAUGGGAAGUAUGAGUUUCCAUUUCUUGGCCACCGAGAACAUGGUGGAACAGACUGCAAGAUAACAUCCUUUGAGCUAUUUCAAAAGUUCCAGUGCAUCGCGGUCAGCGGUCCUACGCAUGAUCAACAACCUGCCUUCCAGUGGAGCACGUCAGAAUGGGAGAAACCGCUGGGCCAUCCGGACAAGUUCGACUUUGAGCCUGUCAAAGUUUCUUGGGACAACAAGGACUAGAUAUUCCCAAGUAUUGCACUAAUCUUUAGAUUCUGGAUUCCAAAAAUAGUUCAGUUUUUAUUUUCAUUUAUUUGUAAUCGUUUAAAAAUCGAUUAAUCGAUUUAACCAUCAUUUUAUAAAAAAGAAUUCUUAUACUGUAGCUAUUUCAUUUUGGCUUAAAAAAUGUAAAAUGGCUAGCAUGUGUUCCUCUGCUUGCAUCGAGGAUAAUGAGGAUUUACAACCUCAUGAGGAUUUACAACCUCAUUAUGCUCACACAUUUUAGUCUGUACAUGAGAUACGCAUCAGCUAGCUUGUGAUCACAAACUUUGGAUUUCAAACAUGAGCAUUUUCUUGUACUUUAAACUUAUCACAGUUGAUGAUACGGCUUCACUUUAUGUGAUUUUUUUUCGGCAGUUACAGGAAUACGAACGGCCCCAAUUGUUAAAGGGUGUUUCAUCAUACAGGCAUAGUUAUGUGAAAAGAAAAGAAAAAUUGUUUCUUAUUAAAUCAUAAAUUUUCUAAUAUAAUUUAAAAAAUACCUAUUAAUGAAUUGCGAUUUUGGAUGCGCAAAAUCAUUGAAAGACCGCCAUUAUUUUUCCACUUCACUGACAAUCUCUCUGCUUGAGUCCGAUAAGUUACAGCAGGGAAGGAUUGAUAAUCAUUGAAUUAUUAAAGUUUUUCCAAGUGACUAAG